CCCAGAUUCCCAGUGCCACACAAGAGCAAGCAGCAAUGGCGAUACCGAGCAGCUCCUUCACCAUGGCCUGCCUUUUGGCGGCCAUCCUCCUCUUCUCGUCGGCCUCGCAGAGCCACGGCGGUAGCAUCGCCAUCUACUGGGGCCAGAACGGCAACGAGGGGACCCUGGCCGAGACCUGCGGCACGGGCAACUACGCCUUCGUCAACAUCGCCUUCCUCUGCAGCUUCGGCGCCCCGGGCGAGACCCCGCAGCUGAACCUGGCGGGCCACUGCGACCCUUACUCCGACGCCUGCACCAACCUCACCGCCGACAUCAACGCGUGCCAGUCCCAGGGCGUCAAGGUGAUGCUCUCCAUCGGCGGCGGCGCGGGGGGUUACAGCCUCGACUCCGAGAAGGACGCCGCCGACCUCGCGCUGUACAUCUGGGACAACUUCCUCGGCGGGACCGGCUCCAGCAAGAGGCCCCUCGGCGACGCCGUGCUCGACGGCGUCGACUUUGACAUCGAGGGCGGGAACCCGGACUACUACGGCGCCCUGGCGGCGCACCUGAAAUCCUACGGAGGGAAGGCGGGGAAGAAGGAGGUUUACCUUUCGGCGGCGCCGCAGUGCCCGUUCCCGGACCAGUGGGUGGGCAAGGCGCUCGAUACGGGGCUCUUCGACUACGUGUGGGUGCAGUUCUACAACAACCCGCCGUGCCAGUACGCGCAGGGGAGCACGACAAACCUCAUGGACUCGUGGAAGCAGUGGACGUCGGGUAUUCACGCCAAGUACAUCUUCCUCGGCUUGCCCGCGGCGCCCGCCGCGGCGGGGAGCGGGUUCAUUCCCGCGGCCAGCCUCGAGUCGCAGGUGCUCCCGGCGCUCAAGGGCUCCAGCAAGUACGGAGGGGUCAUGCUGUGGUCCAAGUUCUACGAUGACCAGGAUGGCUACAGCUCUGCGAUCAAGAACUCUGUCUGAUUCGAUCGAUCUCACGCCUGCAUUGCGCCGUCCAAUUUUAUAGGAAUUGGGGGUGCGUGUAGUUUACGGUGCAUAUGGUUCAUUGGUUUGUCUUAUGGGCAUUGUUGAUCUGUGUGUAAAAUACUUUUCUACCGAAUAAAGGAAUUUGUUGCCUCCA